AUGCUUUGUCGCGCGGCUCUCGGUCUCAUCCUCUCUGCCACCGCCACAUUGCCAAGCCUCAUCAUCUCCCACACACAUGCACGAGUGCCCCACACCAUCCAGCCCCUCGUUCGCCCGCUGCUACCCCGUACUCGACAAGUAUCACCAACAACCACAGCUACUCUUUGCUCGACAAAGAUUCGACUUCUCGAGACACAGAAUGGAUAUAACUGCAUCGGCGGCGUCUGCGGUUUGAGCGGUUUUGUGCUGCUGGGCGCGCGGGGGAAGGGGUGGAGCCGGGUAGUCGCUGCUAGUGGAGCUGGGGGGCGUAGGUGUUGGAUUGAUGAGAUUCUGCAGCACCCACGAUCAUGGCGCGGGGUUAAAAUCUCAGGUCGACAGGAGAGGGUAUACGAGGAGGGAGAAACUAAUGCACGAUCGAGCAGCAGAACGGUAUUCACGAGUGUUAGGAUGCUGCCGGAGGAAGUACAGAGUGAGGCGAAGCGCGGGGGUUCUGGUAGUAGGGCACCUAGGGUUACGGUAGAUUGCAUGUUGGCAGGAAGGCUUUCCCAGGGUGGAGAGUGGGCGCAGUGCAUCCGUAGGUGUGGUGUAAGCAUGGCGGAGCUAUCGAUUACGGCACGGUACGGGGGAGUCUGA